AUGCUUACACGCCGCGAGAGACCAGUCACCGACUACGAGCGCUGGCUGCGCGACCAAGACGCAGGCUACCAACCCGGCCCAGCAGCCGUGUUUGGCCCUGGCCCAGACGCCCACGGACAGAGCAUACUCCAGCAGUCUGAGGACAACGCCCGCGGUGGCGAGGACAAAGAGCGGUCGAGGUCGCGAUAUGGGUCUAUAUUCUACCCGAACGAACGGCCGCAUGCUGUACAUCCAACAGCCGCACUCAUAUCUUCCGCUGGCGGUGGGUGCGUGGUGUCAUGUUAUUCGGCGGCGUCUUUGGUGGCUGUGCUUGCGGUUGGGAUGUUGAUUCGAAGGGUGCGGGUGAAGAGACGGGUUAGGAGAGGGUUGGGGCUGGAUGAGAAGAUCAUGGACAUGGAGAAGCGGGUUCUGGAGUGA